UUCUUACCUUGGCUCCAUUCAUGACACUUCCAAGGUUGACGUAGCUGGCCUCUACGACUCCAGAAAAAGCCACUCCGAUCACGCAACAUACAUACCAGCAGCCACGUCUCUGUCGCCAAAAGUCGACAAAAAUUGAGCGUCCCGUCUUUAUACUUUGUCGCCUUGCCUGUUGAUGGCACAUCCAGCGCUUCUCUGUUUCCACACCUGGUGAGGCGAGGCGACGACUGUGCGCCAUGGCCGACGCGGGAGACGACGUAGGACAACUGUCCCCGAGCCAGCAGGAGGCUCUCCAGCAGUACAUUGGCGUCACGAACCAGGAGGUAAAAGAUGCGAUACCGCUACUGCAGCGGUCGCAAUGGAAUGUUCAGAUUGCCAUUGCCAAGUUCUUCGACGGCGAGGGGCCCGACCCCGUCGCCGAAGCCAUGGCCGCUCAAGACAUCCCCCGGAUGGCCUCUCGACACGAGAACCUUCAAGAGAGCCUGAUGGCCUCGUCCGAUCGCUCGGUGCUGGGACGGAGAGACCACACGGACCCAGCACCGAGAAUAGUUCCCCAGCAGCCUGUCACACACCGGUCGCCGUGGCUCCUGGGCCUCCUACUUGCGCCACUUGGCUGGGGAUGGAGGGCGGCGGGCGCUCUCUUCAGGACCUUCUGCUACGUCCUGUCGUUUCUCCCCGCGCCGCUGCGGCCUCGCGCCAUUACUGCUGGCCUUCGGCGCACAACAGGCCGACGGAUGUUGAUGCCGCGCGACACGGCCGCAAGAUUCAAGCGCGAGUUUGACGAGGAGUACGGGCCCAACGAGCUUCCGUUCUUUGAGGGUGGCCUGGCGCAAGCACACGAUCUGGCGAAGAAGGAGCUCAAGUUCCUGCUUGUCUUUCUCAUGUCACCCGAACACGAUGACACGGCUUCUUUUGUGCGCGGGACACUUCUAUCAACCGACGUGGUCGAGUUUUUCAAGAGUUCGUCCAACAACAUGGUCUUGUGGGGAGGCAACGUGCUGGACUCGGAGGCAUACCAAGCAGCGACCGAGUAUAACUGCACCAAGUACCCGUUUACGGCCCUGGUGUGCCUGACGCCCAAGGAGGGCAGCACAAGAAUGGGCAUCGUCAAACGCCUGGUCGGCCCCAUGCCCGCGGCGACGUAUCUGUCGGAGCUGCAAGGGUCGAUGGAGAAAUACGGCUCAGACCUCGAGGGUGUGCGCGCUGAGCGAACUGCGCAAGAAGUGGCGCGUAGCCUGCGAACGCAACAGGACUCGGCAUACGAACGGUCGCUGGCCAUUGACAGGGAACGCGCACGAGAAAGGAGAGAGGCCGCCGCCGCCGCCGCCGAGGCCGAGAGGCGGGCACAGCAAAAGGCGGAGGCAGACGCGCGGUUGGAGGAGAGACGGGCGCUCUGGAAAGCGUGGAGGGUGCGCCAAAUCAUGCCCGAGCCCCCUACUGGCGACAGGGACGUGGUACGCGUCGCCCUCAAGAUGCCGGAGGAGUCUGGGGCGGGGCGGAUCGUGCGACGCUUCCCUCAAGAUGCGCCGCUCGAAGAGCUUUACGCAUUUGUGGAAUGCUACAACCUUAUGCAGGACUUGGACGCGACCACGGAGGCCCCUCGGCCAGCUGGAUAUGAGCACAAGUACACGUUCCGGGUAGCAUCGACGCUGCCCAGAGUCGUCUACCAGCCAAGCACAACAGACACGAUGGGGGCCAAGAUUGGCAAGUCAGGGAACCUGAUUGUGGAGCAACUUGCCCCCGAGUCAGACGCAGAGGAUGACGACGACGAUGAGGAGGAGGACGAGGAAUCUCCAUAGACGGCGCUGACGAUAGGCACAUAGGCGAACCUGGACCAACCCCCGAGGGGAUGAACAUGGACGCAUGCCGUUGCCCUGUUAUGCGAGCCUGACGAAUCUCCGCUACGGCCAAGUACACAACACGUGAGCGUCAGGGGCCGCGCGAGGGAGGGAAGGUACUCGUGAUUUGUACAAUAUACGGGCAUGUAUGCAUGCGGGCGCCGAUUGCUUAGCCGGCAGUUGGAGCAAGCAUGGCAUUACGUAGCAAUCGAUGAUUUGGCAUGAAGCGCUCGGAGAUGACGAGGUUGGCGUCACGAGAUUCGGCCAAGGCGUCCGUCUGCCGCGCACGUCAGGCCGACGCGUGCCAUUGUCAUGAGUGGAUGUGGUCGGUCCGGUUUUUAACGUCGUGCCAAACCCCGUCGUGGUGUGUGCCUGCGUUGCGUUGCGGGCGCGGGGAUGCGGUGAGGAAUGGGUGGAUGGAUGGAGGGGGGGGAUUGCGUAGUUGGUGUGGCUGUGCAGAGAGCGUGAAGCGCGUGUCGCUCGUGCUGGUGCUGGUGCUGGUGCUGGUCCGAAGUGGUGGUGGUGGAGGGGCUGUGUGUUGCGCGGAGGAACAGUUGAGCGCGGUGAGUGGAUGGCUUGGGCGGAGGCGCAAGACCCGUGGCGAGACCGGGGACAAGAGUGAGGAUGAGGCGGCGACGGCGGCGGCGGAGGCGGAAAGUGGAGGUCGGCCGGGGAUCAUGGUGGGAGUGACAAUGGAGGUGGAGAGGAGGGGGAUGAUGCGCCGGCGGGCCGGGCGUGGGAGAGGAGGAGGACGACAGGACGCGCGACUUGGAAAC